AAUUCACUGAUAUUAUUGUCUAUUCUACCUAAUUAUCACCACCCAAAACGACGACAUUGGAUCCAACUAAAGAGCUAGAGCCACCACCUAACCGUCAAGCAAGAGCACCAUCAUGACAACCACCAUGUUGGCCAACCAUUACAGCGCUCAGCCGAGCGCUCAUUACGGCUAUUCCGCCCCGCCAUCACCUCCCAUGGACGAGACAUCCAAGUGCUCUCUGCCGUCGAUAUCGAACCUGCUCGGUUUGGCGGAUCAGGGCUCACCCACUUCAGAGACGUCACCUCAGUUCCAGCAGCAGCAACAACAGCAGCAACAACAGCAGCAGCAGCAGCAGCAGCAGCAGCAGCAGCAACAACAACAACAACAACAACAACAACAACAACAACAACAACAACAGCAGCAGCAACAGCAACAGCAGCAACAGCAGCAGCAGCAGCAGCAACAGCAACAACACCACCAGCAACAACAGCAACCACAAGGUACGGCAGCUUGGCGCAGCUAUCGCACAAGCGAUGCUGACCUGGAUCUCUCAGUGCAACACAUCAAGCCAGACACGCGGCCAAACUCGUCACACUACAGCAAUGCUGCCAUGUCACGCUCGGCACUCCCGCCAACCCCUCCCAUGUCUUCGGAUGCCUCGUUUGAAGGGUACAACUCGCCGUCAACAAAGUCGGUGAGCCAGCUCUCGGUAGCCUCCAACUACUAUUUCGAGUCGACGCCGCCUCUGGGCCAUGUUGAAUCGGAUGCUCGGCACCAUCUCGCCGCGGCCGGUGUCCCCCGCGUACCAGUCCAGACUUCAGCCUACCAACCUCAGUUCGCCACAUCAGCGUACAUGACACAACCCACCAUGGCUUCGUACUACCCUCCCAUGCAGCCGACACCCCCGCCUCAAUCCCAGAUCUCGGGUCUUUAUUAUCAGCGGCCGCUACCUCAGACCUUCCCUCCCCUUCCCGUCUCGGUUGCCAUGGGUCCCACUUCUGGUGCCAACCCGUGGCAGCACCAUCACUACAUCUCACCAUCUUCGGCGGCCUCCUUCCCGCAGUCUCAGGACCGGUACAUCUGCCAGACCUGCAACAAGGCAUUCUCGAGGCCGAGUUCGCUGCGGAUCCACAGCCACUCUCACACCGGCGAGAAGCCGUUCAAAUGCCCACAUGCCGGCUGCGGGAAGGCCUUCAGCGUCCGCAGCAACAUGAAGCGCCACGAGCGGGGAUGCCAUAAUUUUGAAACCAGCAGCAGCGGGUCCGCUCUGAUUUCGUAAUCUGGCACAUCUCCCUCGCCCUUCCAUUGGCUUCGCCUUUUGUCGGAGGCGUCUUCCCAUUUCUUUUAUCACCUUGAAAUAUAAUCGGUACGGCCUCGUCUGGAUGCAGGAAGGACGGGAGGGGAAAAGGAGUUGGGACAUGGCGGGGAUCUUCUCUCGGUAGAGGCGCGAUCACGACGAACGGCGUUGGCAGAUGUUUGCAUAAUUUGCUGG